CACUUGCAGUUUAACAUGGCCGUUAAAGGAGGAGGGGUCCUUUUACUCUUUAUGUUCAUUGUGACAUUACUCAACCCUGUCCAUGGAUUUGAGCUACAAGUUAAUGCUAGCAAUUUCAUUUUUAACAAAACAUCAAUCAGCAUUGAACUGCACAGUGAAGCCCUUGAUGUAACAAUCCCUAUUGGGCCAAUACUCAAUCAUGAAAGUGCUUCUAGCAAGUCCGGUGACAUAGAAAGCAGUAAAGGUGCUAUUAUCACUUGGACUGUUAUUCUCAUGGACAACCAACAAGAUAACUUCACUCUCACUCUUCAAGAAACUGUUCAAAGCAAUGAUACUUCACUAAGUUUGACUAUAUAUGGUACGAUUGAAGAACCUCAUGUUUGGUCACUAGGAACUGGUCUGGAGUCAAGGAAAUGUCAAACAAAAACUUUAAAAUGUGCCACAACCUCCGAAACUAAUCCAGUUCUUGUGUACGACGAGGCAUUGCUUAAGAUUGUUAACUAUUUAUCUGAUCCAAUCAGUGUCAAUCAACUGUCAGCCAUUUGCUACACGUGUAAAGACAUUUAUCUCACAACGGUUUAUCCAAAUGAAGUGGUGUACAUUAUAACUGAUACUAAAUAUAAGAUAACAUUUCACUUGUUCCAGAAUAAUAGUCAAUAUUUUGCAAGUCACUCAGAUCAUUUUAAUGAGCACAGCAUUCAAACGUGGACUGUAUAUGAUCUGUCAAAUACCACCUUCAUUCCUGAUGAAGACCACCCAGGACAGAAUGCUAAUCUACCUAUCCUUUAUGUUGCUAUUGUAUUGCUUGGCAGUUUUAGCAUAUGGAUAAUUGGUAUUAAUGUUUACUAUCAAAUGAAGAAGAAACGUCUUUUUCAUUGUAAGAGAGUGGACAGAGAAAUCAGUAAAGAUCUUGGGGAUCCCGAUAAAGUUAAUUAUGGUGCGCUAAACAACGGAGAAACUGCUAACCUGUUGGAUGAUCAAAAAGAGAAAGCAACUACAGACUUAUUAAAUGAAGAUCCACUGUCUACUAGAAAGAAAGAGAGACUGAGAUCAUUAGACACUUUCAGAGGGAUGUCUUUGAUCAUCAUGAUAUUUGUUAAUUAUGGUGGAGGCGGUUACUGGUUCUUCAACCACAGCAUAUGGAACGGUAUAACAGUUGCUGAUCUUGUCUUCCCUUGGUUUGUUUGGAUAAUGGGCGUGUCCAUUGUCUACUCUUUUAAAGGACGAAAGAAGGACAGUUUUAAAUUGAGACUGUACCAGGUUGUGAGGCGUAGCGUCAUACUACUGGGUCUGGGACUGUUUCUUAAUAAUGACCUACUGUUAGUGCCUUGGUUUAUAGGCACACUCUGUCUAUCUCUCAUUGCCUCAUUCACUAAUGCAAGGCUCCCCUCUUUCUUUUACCUUAUGUGUAAAGCUUCACUCCUAGUAUUGUGGGCUGGAAUAUGGGUCUGCCACGGAUAUAGGCUAAGUCAUUGGCGGAUACCUGGUGUUCUCCAGAGGUUUGCUAUAGCUUAUUUUGUUGUGGCUAUGACUGAACUACUUGCUCCUAUGGUUUACAACAAGUACAAGCUGAAGUGGGAUGUGAUAUCAGUCCGUGAUCUCACGCACAAUUGGGUGCAAUGGCUAGUGAUUGUGUUUCUGGAAUCAUUGUGGCUAAUUAUCACAUUUUCUCUGAAGGCUCCAGGAUGUCCAAGGGGUUACCUUGGUCCUGGUGGUAGGGCUGAUGGUGGUAAAUACAGCAACUGUACUGGUGGGAUUGCAGGUUAUAUUGACAGCUGGAUACUAACUGAUAACCACAUAUACGGACACCCAACUUGCAAGGCUAUUUAUCAUACUGGUAGUUACGAUCCUGAGGGCAUCCUUGGAUCCAUUAAUUCAAUUGUCAUGUGCUUUUUCGGAGUUCAAGCUGGAAGGAUUCUCAUCCAUCACAAGCAGUUUGGGUCCAGAAUAGUGAGAUUUGUUGUCUGGGGACUGCUAAUGGGUGGACUUGGAACCAUACUGUGUGAAGCCACUCUUAACAAGGGAGUCAUUCCGCUUAAUAAAAACCUCUGGUCACUUUCUUUUAUACUGGUCAUUGCUGGACUAGGUUACAUACUCCUUGCUCUGUUUUACUUUAUCAUCGAUGUUAUUAAAAUAUGGAACGGGGCGCCGUUUUUUUACCCAGGAAUGAAUUCAAUACUAGUAUAUGUUGGAAGUGAGCUAUUGGAGGGAACCUUUCCUUUCGGUUGGAAAGGAAUGGAGGACUCCCACAUUGAGUUUCUCAUAUCAAACGUCAUCAGCGUCUCCCUGUGGUGUUUGGUGGCCUACUACUGGUACUUUAUUAAUUUUUUUGUUAAGAUAUGAGUGACAGUGAAAGUUAGGUUUAUACGUGUGUUUUAUUUUGUAUUUUUCAUAAAAGUUUAUGCCAAUUAUUAAA